CACUAAUAAUGUUGUUUUGUCAAUACUUCACUCAUCGUUUCUAUUAUUAGCAGUUGCUAUCCCCUCGUUCAUCCAUUGUAGAAAAUGGCCAAACUCUCAUCAUCCUCAGUUGAUCCAUCAGAGUACAUCAAGGCCAUAAUUUCAAUGUUAGCUAUGAUACGUCAAGGCGAAUCCAUUGAGGAUGAUCGCAUAACAAGCUUCACUGAAAAAUUUCUUGACGAUUUCAGCAUUCCAGAGCGUUUUGAAACACUAAUUCAGUCUGGUAUUUUAGAGACUUUCGCUGCGCUGUACAAAUGCGAAAAUAUCACCACACACAGAGAGAAAGGCGAAGAGUAUAUUCGAUAUCUGCUGAAUUUGAUUGCUGCGACUCAUCUAACAAGUUGCCUUGACGAACGUGCCUCUGUCGUCUUAGAAUUAUGUUUGUUUUUGAGCAGCAAGGGUGAGGAUCCUCUCUACUUACUAACGAUUCGUCGUUUAAGAGAACUAGCAGAAAAGCGUAAGGAUGUGCUCCGUUUUAAGCUUAAAAUGGAAACAAUUUCCCAAAUUUCAUUCGUCGUUGAAGAUUUGCAAGACAGGUUGGUACGGGAUUUAGAUUUGUGCAACACUUCAUCUUCAAGCAAGGAGAAUGCAAAGUCGUUUUUGGAUGAUUUUAAGGACUUCAAGGUAUUUUCACGCCUUUUCUGUCACCUAAUUCAAGAAUCGAUCCCUACUCCUAUUCCAGCUAUUAAUUCUAUUUAUGACGGGAAAAUCGAUUCUCUACAUAGUGUAUUUCGUAAAUUGUUGAAAAAGAUGGAGCACCUGCUUGAAGCACUUCAAAUAGACUAUAGUGGCAAAGAAAAUGUCCGACCUGAAUGGUCUCUGUAUCUUGCCAUUUUAGAAGAACUGAAUUUCAUAUCUAAAAUUUUUGAGGAUGCAAACGAAGAAUUUUGGGACGUAUUAAAGAAGACGAAGGUUUCAAUACGUGCACUGAUUCUUCGAUGCGCUGGUAGAACAGAUGACUAUGACUAUGGGUGGCUUCUUAAGCAUAAUGAUGUGACUGAUUCUGAAUCCAGGAUGCAUUUAGCCUUGUUGAUGAUACCUCAAGUAAAAGAACCUGAUGUGAAGACGAUUAAGAAGGUUUUUGAUUGGUCUCAGAAGAAUCUACCCCCUAACCUGUUGGGAGUUUUCGUGAAUGAGAAACUUACAGAUCCUCAAGUUUUGAAGGAUUGGUUGUGGAAGUCCAGUAGAGCUAUAUUCAACUCAGUAGAUGGCCUUUUCCUGGCACGUCCAGAUGAUCCUACAAGGUUCUAUCUGAACCACGGUGUUCACGAAUCAGAGCUCAUCCCAAAAUUCUUUUACCGUGAAUGUGCGAAAUUUGCUGGAGAAGUGAUUGCAUUAGCUUUGAUAUAUAAAGUGAGAGUAGGUGUCACAUUGGAUCCUGAGUUGCUAUCGCCCUUUAAGGAUUCAUCUUUGGAUAGUAAGAGCCUGGUAUCAUGUUUCUCAAAUGGCUUUUUGAAUGUUUUUGGUGUGUCAAUCGAAGAAUUGAGGCGUGUUGGAGGAUUAGAGAUUGAAGACAUUAAUAAAGAGUUGAAUGGACCCCGGAGAUCUAAUCAUAGUGCAGACAGUACUAAUGGCAAAAGGAAGAAGGAAGCUAAUGGCGAUACUCUAUUGUCUUAUUACCAAAGGGUCAAAAGACUGGGUCGUAAUAUUCAGAAUUGGCAAAGGGGCUCAAUGUUGGGGAGUGGGUCAUUUGGAGAAGUCUAUAAAGGAAUGGAUGAUCCUCAUGGGUUCUUUUUUGCUGCAAAGAAAGUUCCACUUACUAAUAAACAAAAAGUCAGUUCAAUUGAGCGUGAGAUUGAUGUAUUAUGUAACCUAAGUCAUGAAAAUAUAGUUGAAUAUUUUGGCACAAAAAGGGACGAAACGGAUCUCUAUGUUUUUCUUGAGUUUGUAAAUGGGGGCUCCAUUGAUAAAGUUUAUCGAGAGUUUCCCCUUAAUGAUUCCCAAGUGUCCUACUACACCAAAGAAAUACUGAAAGGUUUGGAGUAUCUCCAUGGAGAAGGUUUUGUGCAUGGGGACAUUAAAUGUGCAAAUUUACUGUUGAAUGAGAAUGGAGUCGUGAAAAUUGCUGAUUUUGGAUUAGCGAAGGUAACUGACUUGAAGACUCUUCGCAAGUCAGGUAGAGGGACUCCAGCCUGGUGCGCUCCUGAGGUCAUUGAUUUGAAGAGACAAGGAGGGAAUGGAUUCCAAGCUGAUAUAUGGAGUCUUGGCUGCGCUGAUAUAAUGGAGUUUGGCACUGUCUUGGAGAUGUUAACUAAAAACCAUCCGUACUAUGGUUUAGAACCUUGGACGAUAUGGUAUCAGAUUGGAGAAGGUAUACUGCCUAAAAUUCCUGAGACUCUCUCUGAGGAUUCGCAGAAAUUUAUUCUGAAAUGCCUGCAAGUUAAUCCAGAGAAACGUCCGACUGCCACCGAGCUUUUAAAGCAUAGAUUUGUUAAUAGGUCAUAGCAAGCAGCAGAACAUACCAAACUUCGUGUUAGUUUCAACUUAAAUUGUGGAAUUUACUCAAUGUUUAACAGCAGUUUUUUCUUUAGUGCUAAAG